AUGCCCUCCGGAGCCCCAUUUGGUCGCUGUCGAUUUAAUUCGUCUGCCCAUCCAAUUAUCGAAAUCGCCACGUAUCAACAUGCGCCAUCCGUGUCAACCAACAAUCAAGCUGCCAUCGCUUUGACAGCUUCUCCUUACAAGAAAAUCUUCAAGUCCCAGCGACCCUAUACGGCUGAGAGUGACAAUCGCACCGUCUGCUUGGAUCCAUCCGAGCAACCAGAUACUACAUUCCAAAAGAAAUACGCCACCGGACCGUGGAAUGUAGAUGAAGAGGGGACUGAUGGGCAUGUCGAAGCGGAGCAACAUGACCCCAGUGCAGGCGCUGGGAGUGGAUCAAGAAGCACACUCUCCACUUCGACCAAGCGGCUUGAUUUAAUUAUUCUUCCUCUGACCUUGCUGAUAUACCUCUCAGACUAUGUUCAACGAUCAAACAUUGGAAACGCUGCAGCUUACGGUUUGAAGUCAUAUGUACUAGAUAACAGUCACUGGUGCUAUGCUUGGGUCUUGUCCAGCUUUUCCAUGACUUACCUGUCAUUUUUAAUUGGUGCCAAUAUAGUCGUUCCCAGAUCUCGAUCUCCAAAAUAUCUGCUCUCAUGUGGGGUCUUGAUAACUAGUAUCGCGACCAUCAUAAUUGGUUUUGCCUCGAACUUCGCAACCAUUUUCAUCUGCCGGUCUGUCAUUGGUAUGGGAGGGGCAAUCUUAGGCAAAAGCAUGGAAACUUACUACUCUUUGAUAUAUACCCGCACUGAGAUGGCGCAAAGAAUGUCUUUUUUCAUCGGCUCAACCGUUUUGGCUGGGGCUCUGAACGGAAUCUUCGCAUAUGGGACUGGUCUCAUUAAAUCAGAAGUGAAAACUUGGAGAUUUUUAUUCUUUAUCGAAGGAGGCCAAGGCAUCGUAUUGGCACUAGCAUGCCUCUUAUGUCUUCCAUCAUCAAAGGUGAAGAGGAAACCCGAAACAACUUCCCAAAUCCAAAUUCACACCCAGGGCUCUUUGUCAGAAAUCAACUCUUUCACCUUAGAAUACAACAUGUUUGAAUGGAGGCUUGCUUUAAGAGCUCUAGUGAAUCCAAAUAUUUGGAUCUCUUCUUUUUCGUACGGAUGUGUAAAUUUAAGUGUCGGAAGUUUGACUGGAUAUCUCCCCCUUAUCAUGGAAUCGUUUGGAAAUUCGCCGGAGCAAUCCCAGGUUUUGACCGCUUGGCCAUACUUGUUUGCAUUUGUUCUAAUGUUUAUGGUCGCAAACGCAUCCGAUCUCGCCGGCGUAAGAAGUGCUUUUGUCAUGCUCAUGUGUACAAUUGGUAGCACCGGUUGGGCGUUGUUGCUGCGAUACGAUGCCUCUUGGGUUAAAUAUUCCGCAACAUUCUUAGUUGUGGCCGGAGCGUAUUGCCCGAUUCCUUUAAUUCUAUCAUGGACUCUCAGCAAUUGCACUACUUACAAUGAAAGGGCCAUAUCUUUCAUUCUUAUGCAAACAUUUGGACAAGUCUUCACAGUUGUUUCCAACUUCAUAUUCCAUGCCCUCAACAAAGACAGCCCGCAGAGAUUGGGCUACUUUAUAAACUUGGUCGGUAACGCUUCUGCCGUUUUAGCAGUCAGUUACUUGGCAGCGGUUUAUCGUUAUCACAAUUGGAAAACUUCCCGCCACGCGGCUCCAACCAACGAGCGUGAGUUCAAAUUUCGGGCUCAUACUGUCAGCGAAAGAUUUUGA